ACAGCAAGGCAGGGGAAACCCCGAGAGGAAGACAGCUUACAUCGGAUUAGAUUCGCAAUUAAGGCAUAAGAUUGCAUUUUUUUAAAAAAGUAAAGUUGCAUACUACACUGCUACAAGUCUGAAAAGAAAAAGGGCGGAACCUAUUCUAUUCGAGUUUGAGGAAAUAGCUUCAGUUGAUCUGCUCUAGAAAGGUUAGAAAAUGGACAGAUGCACAGACGAGGAUGAAGGGAGAUUUGAUGAAGGUCUUGAUUUGUUAUGCAUAUAAAAAUAACCAGUCCCCAAAUUCUUUCAAUUAAUUAUUUCUUCUGAGCUAUUCUCCUCCUUACACCGCUCCUUUCCAAACAAACCCUCCUGUCCGAUCUUUGCCAAACCUUUUGUUCACCAUCUUUCAGACUGCUGAUUUUCAAGGGUCGCUGUAAAAUGAACAAGGAUGCAAUUUCUUUCACACUGUUGUCGCAGUUGAGUUCGUUUUCGCGAAUCUGCUUCUCCAAACUGAAGUGGGGGCGAUUCUGGAGUGAAUCUUUGACGUGCCCUAAAACAAAAUUAGCUGAUUUUAAAAAGCUUUCUGCGGGAACGUGUUAUAUUUACUUGAGGUAGGGCCGAAGAUGACAGCGAUUUUGAAUUUCUGCAAAAAAAAUAGAAAUCUCCAUCGAAUAACAAGUUUUGAAAGUAUCCCCACAACUCCAUUUAAUUUGCAGACGAGAAAUAAUAUGGGCUGUUUGUUCAACAAACCACCUGUCUCUUGUAGAAAUUGAAUACUGUAGCGACGUCUUGGAUGAGUUUCAGGUUUGGUUUCAUCUGCACGUAUGUAAAUCCCUGGCAUGCUGGUUUGGUGUUGGUGAUGUCUGAAGAGGAGCUACCCGCCUGGCUCUGCACCAAAGGGGACCAGUACCUGGCCAGUGGCUCCCUGUCCGAUGCCGCCGCCUGUUACACCUCCGCUUUCAUCCUGAGCGCCGAGGCAACCGUGCAGCAUGUCAAGUCCUUGGGGGAACCGGGGCUGGGUGACCUGUUGACAGUGUUGGAAAGCUGGUGCGCCAGCCAGAGCUGGGUGCCAAGCCAGGGCGGAGGAGGAGGUGGCACCGGCAGUGAGCUUGCAGUCGAGGCCCCCGUCAGCGCCAGAGUGGCCGCCAUCUUCCUGUCGGCGCUGAGCCCGGGCAACCUGACGGCAUCGGUGCUGAAGAUGGACAUGCUGCUGAGGAGUGGGCGGCACCAGGAGGCAGUGAGCCACUGUAAUGCCCUGCUCAACGCCCACCCGAGCCACUCGCUGGCAUUGCUGCUGACCAGGGCCCUGGCCUGGAUCCUGUCCGAGCGGCACUCGGCCAAUGGCGUGAUGGACUACAUGCAGGCGUUCGGCAAGCGGCGGGAAGAGACCGUGGCAUUCGUCGUCCACCGCCAGAAGAGGGACUUGCCGCAGAUUGUUCGCGCCUUCGCCCGUUACCUCUCGCUGCACGAAGGGAGGCCUCAGCAGCAGCAAGAUGGCCGCGGCGCCGAGCUGCUCGCCGAUUGCCGCCGUUUCCUCGAGCUCGUGGUGCCUCGAGAAGUUGGCGCGCGCCCCUUCGAAAAGCGGCGGUUGGAGGAAAGCGUGGGAAUCCCAGAGCUUGCGCCGCCCAUGACCGUUGACGGGAUGACGCCUGAAGAGGAGAAGGAGGCCCUUACCACCAGGGGCGACCCAGACUGGGAACUGGUUCACGACUUGACGUCGGCCCUCGGCAGCGGAGCCUCACGGCAGCCCCGGGCACCACACGGCGUGCUGGAGCUGGCCAAGCAUUUUGUCGAGGCCCGCUUCUCCGAGUACAGGCAGGCGGUGUGCCACCGCCCCGACCUGCGAUCCGACGGCGGAGCCGAGCUCCUGCGUCCCGCCCUCCGAGCGCUCCGGCUGUUGGCUGGCGUGGAGCCAGAGGCCAGGCGGGAGUGGGAGAUACGGCUGGCCGACUGCAUGCUCCUCUGCGGGGAUGUGCAGGGCGCGCUGCGGCUGUGCCAGCGCCUGAUUGCGGCCGACCCGACCAACUACCACAGCACCCUCCUCGUCCUCCGCGGGUUCUGCCACCUACACACCGGGGACUUGGCGCAGGCCCUCGAGGACUUCCAGUCCACCCUGGGGCACGGCCUGCCGCACCCUAGGAGCUGUGUCAAGGCCAUGUGCGGCCGAGGCCUGGUGCGGAUGUUAUCCGGCAGCCCUUACCUGACGGCCCUGGACUAUAUCACCGCCAGCAGGCUGCGGCUGGACGAAGUGGCCCUCCUCGUGAAGUCCUAUGUGCCCUGGAACCAGCGAGGCCUCCUCUACAAGGUGCUGCAGGAAGAAGCGCAGAAAAUCCUUCAGAAGAAAUCAUCCAGCCCCUUGGGGGCUGCUGCUGCCAUAAGGAAAAAGAGAUGCGGGGAGCAUGGAAGCCAAGGCUACCCUUUCAAAGAAGGAGAUGCAAUGGGUGUUCAUUAUUUGGCUUUAUUGCUGCUUGAGCUAGAGCCAUCCGAUGAGAUUUCCCAAAUUCUGUCUGCAGAUGCUCUCUACCAACUUGGUUCUAUGGAAGAAACUCAGAAGUCUUUGCUGGUUUCUCUUGGCAAGAACCCUCGGCAUUCUUCAAUCUUGGCUCGGCUUGCCCUGCUUCAACUGAAGAAAGGCUUUCUGUAUGACGCCAAUCAGCUAAUAAAGAAAGUCAUUGAGAUCGGUGAUACUUCCUGCCUCCUGCCCAUAAUGGACAUUUUCAAGUCAGAAGAUCGAGACCUAAUGCAGAAACAUUGCCAUUCCAGUGCAAUGUCAAUCCUACAAAAUAAGGAAGGUGACACAUAUGUAAAGGAAGCAGUGGCCUAUCUCUCUCUGGCAAUAAUUUUAUCAGGAGGCACUGAUGAAGCUUCACUCCUCACCAGGGCACGAUGUUAUGCACAUCUUAACCAGAAGAAAACUGCUAUCUUUGAUUUUGGCACAAUUCUAAAGGCAAACCCAAACCAUGUACAAGCACGAUGUGGACGAGCCUUCAUGUAUGUGAUCCUUAAUAAAAAAGAGGAAGCAGUACAGGACAUUGUAUUAGCUCUGCAGAUGGAUCAAAAGUUGGCAAUUGAAGAAAUCUCAUCUCUGAAGCUUGAAGCUCAAAAUCUAAUUAGCUGCUGGCUGCAUGAUCACUGUAUUAGCAUUCUAACCAGGAUGGCACAAGCAAAGGCAAAAGUCUCCAGUGAAGAAUUGGUUAAUCUUCUUGCAAUUGGCCAAUCUCUACUCCAGAUAAAUGGGAGAGGUUCAACCUGGCACAUCCUGUAUAUUGACAUAUUGAUUGCAGAAGAAAUGUAUGAUGAUGCCUUAAAACAUCUGCAGGAGAAGUUUGGACCAGUUCCUAAUGAUGCUGCUGCCUUGGCCAGGUAUGGGCUCAUUCAAAUGAAGAGAGAGAAUGUCCAGCAUGCUGUGCAGAAUCUGAGCAUCCUUGCUGAAAAGGACAACAAAGACUUGCAAUUUCUAUUGCUGUUCCUGGAUAACAAAUCACGUUACCAUAUGGCUCAGGUGGCCUCGCAGGAAGCUGAUAUUUUGACAAAAGGGAAUCAGCUGGAGAAGGCAAUGAGUUACUACACACUGGCUGUCCUUUCAAGUAAAAAUAAACCUAAGUACAUUCGCCAACGUGCAAGGUGUCUGAUCCAAUCAAAGCAAUACGAGAGGGCACUAAAGGACCUACAGGGGAUCAUUAAGAGAAGUACCUCCAGCAAUUCCCUAGAGCUAGUACAAGAUUACUGUUCUGCUGGGUAUGUCCAACUCCUUAUCCGGAAGGAAGAGGAGGCAUGCAACAAUUACAUAAAAGCCCUACAGUUAGAUCAGUCUGUGGCAUUAACCAAUAUCUCCAGUAGGCCAGGACGGCUCAACUUGGCUCAACACUUCCACCAAAAUGCUCGUGAUUACUUCAAGCAGCAACAUUAUGAAAAAGCAUGGAAUUUAACAGAAUACGGAUUAAUAGUUGAUGAAAGCAAUACUGAAUUAAAGAAACUGAGAGCUAGGAUCAAACGAGAGACAUCAGGGUGUGUUGUUCAUUAGUACCGUAUGUCACUGUUAAGAAUUUGCCAAAGUAAUGAUGUGGAAAAUCUACCUGUGAAGAGUGAGGUUCAGAAAAAUAAGUGGUCUAGGGCUGCCAGGAGUAGAGUGACUUGAACAGUAAUGUGGACUGAGGAAAAGAGCAACUACUUAAAGGGACAGUGCCUCUGAAAUAAGAGUCUCAAAUACUGAAAGCACUCAGCAAGUCUAUCAGCAUCUGUGGUGGGAGAAAGGGUUAAUGUUUCAGGUGUUGAUCAUCGGUCAAAACCACAGCCACAGUGUUUUGCUUUCAGAUUAGCGCAUAGAUUUUCCUUUAAACUAUUGCAAUAUUGCUGCUAUGUCUGAAUUGAAUUUCUGCUAGUUAUGGCAAUGGAGGUCCAUGAUAAAAAUUUAAAAUGUUACAACAAUGACAAAAGGCAAACAGUUCAGCUUCAAAAUGUUUUAUAUUUUGGUCAACAAUCAAGUGGUUUAUUUUGAAGUCAAUAAUUCUGUUUGUGCUCUGAAUAGCCCAAGGACAUUUUGAUGUCUCUUCAUGGUCCUGUUGUGUCGUAUGCCUUUUUAGGCUGCUGUUCGCAAAUUGAGAUCCAUUGCUGUUCUCCUUUGUCUCCUUUUUUCUGCAAAGCAAAAGAAUGCUAUAAACACACCGAGUUACUCGAGCCUUUAUAGAGUAGAUGGAAAGCUCUUUUAAAAUUUUUAUUAGGUUUUGUCAUUUUUAAUUAUUUCUGUGUUCAAUGCCAGAUCACUUUAUAAGGAUUUUAUUGGUAUGAUUGAAAUCAGAGAACUCUAUGGAUAUGUAGUCUUUACAGUGAAUACUUGGGAUUACACCAUGACUAUAAGUUAAUGAGUAAUACUUCAUUUGAAUGGAUCUCAUAAGUGUUUUCUUCCUAAGUGAUAACUACCAUUUUGUAAUGUGGAAGACUUAAUAGAAGUCCAACAUAGCCCUGACCAGCCUAUUUUUUCAGGAGGAAGAUAAGAUUGUGUGUAUUACUAUUGUGUAAAUGGAAGUUCAUUUUUUCUUAAAUUAUGUAUUUAAUAUUGGUAUUUAUUUUAUAUUAAAUUAUAAUUUGUAUAGAAUUCAUAGUUGGAUUCUGACAUUCACUGAAACCAACACGCGUAAUUUGACAAGUAUUCAUUUAAUGUCUGACAAUCAAGCUACAGGAAGUUAGUGAUUUGAGAUAAAAUUGAGGAUGGCAUUUAAUUAUGUGUUGAAUGUUUAAAUAUAAAAAUUGAGUUAUCAGAAGCUCCCAAGUUAUUUUGCAUUAUCCUUCCUUGGGUUUCGCUCCUUGCUCCCUUCAAUGCUCAGAACUCUGAGGGUGAACUCCACAGUACCAACUACACUGAAUGAAACGCUGCGCAUAGUCACUCUUGUUGUGCAUGCAAAUGUCCUGGCAUCAACAGGACUUUCUUCCUGACCAAGUCCAGUCUUCACCAAGAUUUACACCUCCAUGUACUUUCCAGAGGGGUCACCGGCAAUCAAUUAGUUAUCCAACUGACUAUCUAUAGCAUGGAGAAUUUCUGAGUACCUUAACUUGAAACAUUUAUCUCCAAUUUGUUUCCAGAUCUUGAGAUCCAAAUAAAUACGAUUGAAUCCAUGUUGAGAAUGUGUGCAGUAAAUGGUGAGCAGAAGUAAAGAUCUUCAUGGACCUAAUAGUUUUGUUUAGAUUGGCAUUUCCUACAACUAUCUCCAGCGAGUUUCACAAAGGGUUUUGGGAGUACAGCUUUUAUCCAAAAACUGCUGAUUUACUUUUCCACCAAGCUGUUCACUAAAUGCUGGCCAGAAGUUUACUCUGUAACUUCAAAACCCAAGGAAAAAUGGGUGUCUGUUGCUCUGGAACAAGGCUAGUUGGGUUGAUUGCUUUCCUAAAUCCCACUGGUAGUGGGAAACUUUGGAAAUUCCUUUGGCUGUUAGCAAUGUAAAUGUAAAUAACUUGCUUUGUGGCAUGAUAGAUUUACUUUUGUUUCCUUACAGUCAGCCUAGAAUUUAAAUAUAUACAGCCUAUUGUUAUCACUUUACUUUAAACCCAGCUUCUUCAGCAUCCUUAUCAGCCUUUCAAAUACCUCCCUAUAUAAACUUCUAACUUGCCUGCUACUCAAUCUCACCUGGUGAUUUGGAGUUGCUUAAUAUAAGCCGCUAACCAGUUGUAGGCAAUUUUCAAAUGAUUUGAGUUUAAGAAGCAGCAAUUUAGAUAUGAUACUCUAGUUGAUUAUACUGAAAAGUAUACAACUACAGUAGUUGAGAAUAGUUUACAGAUACCAGAUGAAAAACCGGCUGUUGGCACAGGCUAUGAAAUAUUAGGGUACUCUUCCCUGGGUUGUCUUCCUCUUCUGGUCCAUCUACCAUCUAGAGAAAAUAGAUCCCUGACAUAGUGCCUACAAGGGAAACCUGAUCAGAACCCCUUCUGUACUUUCCACCCUCAUUACAUUCCUUAGUUUUCUCAGUUUCAAUAUUGAACUCUCCCCAAAAGGUAUUUCACACUUAAAAUUUAAUAACCUUCUCAGAAUCUAAAUUCAUGGUUUUUCAUUUAGUCAACUUGCCAGAGUUCUCUGUUGCUGAGUCUGCUGCUUUCUCUUGAAUUCUCAAUUGCUUUGUUGUUGUCUUGAGUAUAGGAGUUGGGAGGUCAGUACAGCAUGUCAGUUAGGCCAUUUUUUGAAUUUUGUGGUCAAUUCUGGUCCCCCAGUUAUAGGAUGGAUGUUGUGAAACAUGAAAGAGUUCAGAAAAGAUUUACAAGGACGUUGCCAGGGUUGGAGGAUUUGAAGAAUAGGGAGAGGAUGAAGAGACUGGGGCUGUUUUCCCUGAAGCAUUGGAGGCUGAGAGUUAACCUUGUAGAGCUUAUAAAGUCAUCGGGGCAAGGAUAGAGUGAACAGCCAAGAUCUUUUCCCCAGGGUAAGGGAGUUCAAAACUAAAGAGCGUAGGUUUAAAGUG